CCGGGAGGAUCGGACGCGGACGAGACGGGCGGGGAGGACGGAGGAGCCGGCGAGGACGACGAGGCCGGAUCCCCGGCCAUGUUCAUCCUCCUGGACGAAGGCGCCGGGGCUGCAUCCUCCAAGGCCGAUCCGAUGAGUCGGCGGGCCGUGUUCCGCAAGAGCCGGGGCCUCUCUGCGCUCGCCAUCAGCUCCAUGAGGAAGACCGGGAGCAGUCAUGUGCGUGUGACGUCACUGAGAGAGUGGCCACAUUUUUGCUCGGGGAGCAACGACUGCCCUAAGCAAAUACGGCGACCGGCGUCAGUGCUGCCCGAUGUGGUUCUUUUGCUCUGGCGUGCAGGAGGGAAUUCCAUGCCCCGGGCAGAUUCUGCAGAUGCAUCAGAUUCCAAUGCAGAUGCAGAGUCGCCCCUAAAUGCGAUUGGAUUUUGA